AUGGGUCCAAGUCGCUGUACCUGGCCGGGCAAGCCUCCAUUGAGGACCGGACCAGUUCACAAGGUUUUAAACCGACUUUUCCUCGUCCGCGAUCCAGUUACAGGGAACACAACGCCCUUCGCCUCUGCUGGUCCAUCCAAUGCGACUCUUGCGACUCCACGCUCUCACCAUACUCUAAAUUGCUCUCCUGCGCCUUCCCCGAAGACCGCUCCUUUGAGCCCUCAUCAACGACUAAUAACACGUUCCGGCCGGUCCCAUUACACCACUACCCAUACUCCUCAUCACGCUCGUCCGCUUCGCCUCCAAGCUCCAACUACUACUAAUUGCCUCGUUCCGUCGCCCACUCCCGCCUCCUCUUUCUUCUCCGCAUCUCUCCCACCGACACAUGCGCCGGUAAUGCCAAUGGCGUCGAAUCCCUUCAGUUCAGCCAGCUCCUCAGACAUCUCUACGCCCCGGUCCUCCUCGCCUUCGCCAUCGUCCGUCGCCUCUGCCCGCUCUUCUCGCUCUUCUAUAUCUAACAAGCGCAUGUCCAUGUCCAGUCGCAGAAUGACUGACUUCAACCCCAUGUCUUCCGUCGACAUCUCUGUCAUUGAAGAUAAGAUGAGAAUGGCCUCCCUCGACCAGCACCGUGGCUACUCCCAGAACACCUUUGGCGAGGUUCAGCAAUACCGCAACACGGAAUACGUGCCCAAGACCCAGGCCACUGCUUUCCAAAUCCUGCGCGAACCCCUCUGGAACAAAGGUCUCUCAUUCACGCCCGAAGAGCGCGUCACCAGAAACCUCACCGGCCUCAUUCCUCACACCAUGGAGAGCCUCCAGACGCAAUGCCAGCGGGCCAUGAAGAUGAUCAACACCCGUCAGACCGACGUCGACAAGUACCUCUACCUGUCCUCGCUCAAGGCCCAGAACUUUGACCUCUUCUACCGUUUGCUCAUUGACAAUGUCCGCGAGCUCAUGCCCCUGGUCUACACCCCCACCAUUGGCGACGUCUGCCUGCAAUACUCUACUCUCUACACCCGCCCCGAGGCUCUGUACAUUUCGAUUAAGCAGCGAAAGUCCAUCCGCACCAUGCUCCGCAACUGGCCCUACCCUAACCCCCAGAUCUGCGUUGUCACCGACGGUUCCCGCAUUCUGGGUCUUGGUGACUUGGGUGUCAACGGUGUUGGUAUCUCUAUUGGAAAGCUCGCUCUGUAUACUGGUGCCGCCGGUAUCCACCCCGAAAACACCCUGCCCAUCGUUCUCGACACCGGCACCAACAACGAGACCAACCUGAAGGACCCCUUCUAUCUCGGCAUCCGCUCCAAGCGUGUGUCCGUUGCCGAGCAGCAGGCGUUCAUGGAUGAGUUCAUGGAGGCCGUCACUGAGGUCUACCCUGAUAUGACUGUUCAGUUCGAGGACUUUGAGUCUGAGAAGGCCUUCAACUACCUCGACCGCUACCGUAACAAGUACCGCUGCUUCAACGACGACAUCCAGGGAACUGGCGCCGUCGUCCUCGCCGGUUACAUCAACGCUGUCGAGCUUUCUGGCGUUCCUCUCGAGGAGCAGCGCCUGGUCUUCAUGGGCGCCGGUUCUGCCGGUGUCGGUGUCGCCAAGCAGCUCGUCGAGUACUACACCAAGCGUGGUCUCAGUGAGCAGGUCGCCAGGGACAAGUUCUGGCUGGUCGACACUAAGGGUCUCGUCACCAAGGACCGCGGUGACAAGCUCGCCGAGCACAAGAAGUACUUUGCCCGCACCGACAACAACGGCCACCAGUUCCGCACCCUCGAGGAGGUUAUUGAGUACGUCAAGCCCACCGCCCUCGUCGGUCUCACCGCCACCUUUGGCGUCUUCACCGAGUCCGUCGUCCGCGCCCUCAAGGCCUCUGUCGACUCUGGUGGCCUCGGCCGCCGCCCCGUCCUCUUCCCUCUCAGCAACCCCCUCACCAAGGCCGAGUGCACCUUUGAGCAGGCCGUGCAGUGGACUGACGGCACUGUCAUCUUCGCCUCCGGCUCUCCCUUCUCCCCCUUCACCAUGAAGAGCCCCGACGGCCAGGCCAUCACCUACCACCCCAACCAGGGCAACAACGUCUACGUCUUCCCCGGUCUCGGUCUCGGUGCCAUCCUCGCCAAGGCCUCCAAGAUCACCGACGACAUGGUCUACACCUCGGCCGCCGCCCUCGCCGCGUCUCUGAAUGUCGACGAGAUCCACAAUGGUCUCAUCUACCCCCGCAUCGAGCGUGUCCGUGACGCUAGCGUUAUUGUGGCCCGCGAGGUCAUGAAGUCUUCUCGCAGAGCCGGCGUCUCUAAGCUUCCCGAGGCCCAGUGGGUCGAGUGGGAGGAGUGGGGUGACGUUGCCCUGGACGCCUGGAUCAAGGACCGCGUGUACGACCCCGUCAGCUUCUCCGAGAAGAGCCGAAUCUAA